AUGGCAGAGAACAUCUACGACGAGAUCGAGAUCGAGGACAUGACCUUCGACUCGACCCUCCAACUAUACCACUACCCAUGCCCAUGUGGCGAUCGCUUCGAGAUCAACAUCGAUGACCUGCGCGAUGGCGAGGAGAUUGCAGUCUGUCCGAGUUGCAGCUUGCAAAUACGGGUGAUAUUCGAUCAAGACGACCUACCGAAGCCGGACGGUGGCAAUCAACAGGCACAACCGCAGCAGGUUGUCGCCGCUGGCGUUUGA